UGGUAACAUUGUGGGGCUUCAUUUUCUUUAUGGACCUUUCUGGACGUUGAAAAGCUCAUCCUUUUCGACCGGAAAUAAAGUGAAAUAAAGUGAAAGAAAUCAUGCUAGCAGUCGCCGGUGGCCAACUUGCACAAGCCAAAGGAAAAUGCGUACAUUGCGCAGUCGCAGCGGAAAGGAUCUGUCAGCGAUGCGGAGACUUCUACUGCUCCAAGGACUGCCAGCGGCAAGAUUGGCUACGUCAUCGUUACAUCUGCAUCCCGCUGCCUGCGUUGGUUUAUCCCAAUGCAAAUAACGUGUUCCAGAGCGACGGGGAAUCAACUUUAGGGGGGGCCUGUUCGAUUAAUGCUGAUAAAACCGCAGUUGAGGGGUCGCCAUCCACCUUCAGGCGUUCAGACAUUAUUACAGCCAAAAAUGAUGUUCCCAUUCGGAGGAUUAAUUCAUCCAAUAGCAUCUCCUCGAAUAACAGGAACACCACAAAAGAACACAAUUUCAAUUCUCCCCCGAAUGCGAAUAUGCCGCAAAGCGGUGGUGUGGUAUACAUCAUGCAAUUCUCAUCCAGUAAUCGCUGCUAUAUUCGCGAUGCCAGCGAAUCUGCUGACAAAGCAUUUGCCCAAGUUUGCAAUAAGGUUAAUACCAUGGCUACGACAUUGCCCAGAAUAAAUAAUCCACCAUUAGUUGGAUUCUGCCUAGCCCGUCAUAAUGACAUGUAUUGGCGUGCUAAGAUGUGGAAAAUCGGUAACCAAACAAGGUUAUUUUUGGUUGAUCUUGGAAUCGUAAAGCCUCUCAACUCCGAUUUGAAGGAUAUCAGUGUAGAGCUAUUAUCUCUGCCCUCUUUCUUUCGACUGGUGCAGCUCAAGAAUGUAUUGAAAUAUGACUUUUCCGAUGAUGUCAUUGCCUUCUGCUCGCAAUUCGUGGGAAAGAAAUAUACGAUAGCAUAUAAAAAGAGCCCUGGAUGUUACUUCGUGGAACUAGUGGACACAGAGAUGAAAUUUUCGGUGAAUGAAAAGCUGAAUGCAUUUUUCGACAGUAAGAAGUUCUUAGGAAACCCAAAUUCUGCUGCUCAGAAUGGGACGACAUAUUCCUUAGAUGGUCCGCAGCCCUCACAAGUUGGUGAACCCAUUACAAUUCCUGCAGUCAAGAGCUCUCAGGCUGAGCCGCAAUCGGCUGAAACGAUGGGUCAGAAAAUAUUAAAGAAACCAGAAGACCAGAAUGAGUGCGAGAAAAAUAAGGAGGUCAACACCUUAUUUGAAAUUGCCAAUACAGUUAAUAAAACUAAAGGACUGGAUGCUAAAGGAGCCUCUAACGAUAAACUGGGCUUUAUAGAUGAGAAUAAAACCUCAUUUCCCGCUGAUAGGCAGACUAAAACUACUCCGGUCACUUCAUUAAAACCUGAGGAUCAAGACGUAAAAGAUUUAACACAUUGCCUUGCACUGUUGGAUAAAUCGGAAAUGCCUAUCCAUGCCAAAGAAAAUAAAAUUGUAACCCAGAAAAACGAACCUGUGCUAAAACCUCAUUUUGAGCUGCGUAAAUUUUCCAUCGAAACUAAGGAAGGGAUUGAUGUCUUCGUUGUGGAAAGUUCAAAAAAAAAUCGUGGAAUUUUUGGAGCUUUUGACAGAGCCUACGCCUCCGAAUUUUCCACCUUGCAGUCUCGUUUAUCAGAAAUUACGGAUUACCAGCCUUAUAAGCCAGUUCUCAGGGAAUAUGUGCUUGCCCGAUUUGAGGGUUCCUGGUAUCGCGGCAGAGUGGAACAUAUUAUAGUUGCUCCACAGCAGCAGACGAAGUACCGGGUGAUGAACCUGGAUUACACGAAUGUAGAGGACAUAACUCAGAUGGAUAUUUGCCGUUAUCCGUCAGACUUCAACACCCCCUGUCCGACAAACCUUUGCGUGAUUGAUGAUUUUCCGCACAAACUGAAUGCGGCACAGAUUUCCUAUCUAUCUGAGGCCUUGGAGGUUAACCAGCUAGUUCAUAUUGAUAGUGUCAACUAUCUUAAUCAUAUAGCCAUAAUUAAGUCGCGAAGUCUGAUUGAGAAACUGAUGAGCUUGUAAGUUUAAAAUGCUUUUGAUGCAUUUUUCUUUACACCACAACUAAAUCUGGCAAACUAGGAUGCGAAUCCGAAUAAGCAUUAGGUUUGAUGAUUUUAAAACAUUUAUAUAUAAAUAAAAUUCAAUAAAAUAUAACAACGUUAAAGGCUGUUAAUACACAAUGUUA